GUAGAUAUAGUAUUAUUCUGUACGAAAGAAGGGUUUAAGGGGGGAAGAAAGGUGAGGUGAGGUGAGUUCAGAGAGAACUGCGCGUAGAAAUAGGAUGCCUCGCGCGACCACCUUGGACUGCCCUGGUUGUCCGCCGCUUCGAGCCUUAACCUUCGACUCGCUUGGUCUCAUCAAAGUUAUUGAAGCUCGCGGUGAGCAAGGAGGGGUUGCCAAAGUUGUGGAGAGAUGGGGCGAACCUGACACCUCCAAAUGUGUGCUUGCGGCUUCUAUCGAUGACUCAAAACACGACCCGUUGUUAGCUGUUGCAAGGAAAAGUGGUCUGAUUGAAAUUCUCAAUCCUCUUAAUGGGGAUCUCCGUCUUUCAAUUUCUAAUGUAAGUGAUACUGGUGUUCGACCUGAAGAUGAUGCUGUUAUUGGUUUGCAUUUGUUCAGAAGACAGAGACUAGAGUCAUCAUCCAGGUCUUGCACUUUGCUUACAUGUACAACAAAAGGAAAUGCUAGCAUGAGGUCCAUUGAAAUUAGAAACUUACCGGAAGAGUCUUCCUGUGAUAGUUCUUUCAAAUCCUGGAAUGUAUGUGCUUCUGGUACCAUUUUAUGUUCCAAAGUGGAUAAAAGUGAAAAUUAUGCCUUAUUUGGGGGGAAGGGUGUUGAGGUUAAUCUCUGGGAUCUUGACAACUGUACAAAGAUUUGGACUGCGAAACCUCCUCCUAAAAACAGCCUUGACAUAUUUACUCCUACUUGGUUUACAUCAGCAACAUUUUUGAGUGUAGAUGAUCACCGAAAAUUUGUAGCUGGCACCAACAGCCAUCAGGUUCGCCUCUAUGAUACUUCUGCUCAGCGAAGGCCUGUUAUGUCAUUUGAUUUUCGGGAGACCCCUAUUAAAGCAGUUGCUGAAGACCCAGAGAGCUACAAUAUCUACAUAGGAAAUGGUUCUGGUGACCUUGCUUCUGUUGACAUACGCACAGGAAAAUUGUUAGGAUGCUUUCUGGGGAAGUGUUCUGGAAGUAUCAGAUCCAUAGCUAGGCAUCCAACACUUCCAGUGAUAGCAUCAUGUGGCCUGGACAGCUAUUUGCGCCUUUGGGAUAUAAAGACGCGGCAACUUCUCUCUGCGGUAUUCUUGAAACAGCAUCUUACAGAGGUUGUCUUUGAUUCUUCUUAUGCUGACAAAGAAGUUGCUCAGUCCACAGCAGAUCCCCCCAUAGACGAAACACAUAAUAUGAAGGAUAUCCAAGGAGAUGAGACAGAAACAUUGCCUGUGAAAAGGAAGAAGGCCCCUAAAGAAAAAGAUAAUGAAGGCAAAAGGAAGUCAUCCAAAGAGAAAACGGAAAGCAAGAAAUUAAAAUCAAAGAAAAAAAGCAAGAGAGUGAAGGUUGAAAGUGACGAUGAUGUAUAAUAGCCCACCUGGAACAUUAUAGUCUCUGCAGAAUGCUAGAGUCAAAUCCGGGCGUGACCUUUAAUUUUAUUGCCUCUGAUAUCACUAGGGAUAUAGGAGAUUUUCGCUUUUCAUUAAUGACAGGGAUUUUGAUGCAUUCUCACACAUACGAUUUAAUUUCAGCCAUCAAUACUUUAUUUUUCA